AUGGGGCGCGCUCCAAAAGAUCCACAGGCCCUGGAUGAGGUACAACCAUCCCUCCCUACAGCCUCUGACCCAGACCUUCCCCAUCUCACACCAUCCAAGACUGUGCACAUGACACAGAUCACUGCGAAACCCGAGACCAAACGGCAGGCAACCGCUGCCUGCCAUGUCAUGUUCUCAAACCAACGGCCCUGGGAACUCCUCCGGAACGGAGAGUACACACACAAAGGGGACGUGUUCAGCGUCGCGCGUAUUGCCGGGAUCAUGGCGGCCAAACAGACGCCGAAUAUCGUCCCGCUCUGUCAUCCGGGCAUUGGAAUCACAGGCGUCGAGGUUAGCGUGGAGCUCGCUGGACCGGAUGCGCAGUACCCGGCCAGUCACGGCUCCAUGCAGAUUGUAGCGACGGUCAGCUGUCUUGGGCGCACCGGCGUAGAGAUGGAGGCGAUGACGGCAGUGACGGGGGCGUCAUUGACGGUAUAUGAUAUGCUCAAGGCUGUGGAUAAGGGGAUGGUGAUUGGGGCUGUGCGGCUACUAGAGAAGAAAGGGGGGAAGAGCGGACAUUGGGUAAGGCAUGAAUGA